UCGACGAGCGCGCGGAGGAGAAUCGACGGAGGCGUCCGCUGACCUGGCGGGGAUACGGCUGCGGGAGACUGGACAGGCACGGCGAAUGACACUGGCUGGAGCGUGGCUGGAGCGUGGGCCGCAGUGGAAAGCGGUGGCGAGCACUGUGGAGAAAUGACCAGCAAUCGGGUUGACGUAAUCCAUUCCCUUUCCGGGACAUCAUCCAUCGCAUGCACGUCAUAUCCGCUGCGCCCAUAAAUCCCAGCCAGCCGCAUCCUCUCCUCCCCACUCUUCCUCUCCGCCAACAAGACAUCCCGAUUUCACGACCCCUCUUCACGACCUUCUUACGACCAACCAUGGCUGCCAGUGCCGCUAUCCCAGGCCUCUUCCUCACCUUCGCGGCGAUGGUGCUGCUCAUCUUCGCCUCCGUCUCAGUACCAACAUGGAACCCUGUCCGCUUCCUGACCACUACAGUUGACGGUACAACAACCUCGUUCGGUGUAUUUGGCUACACCGGCUCGGAUACACACAUCGGAUGGUACUUCCCGUCAGGCGUCGCUGACGGCACGCUGAACGAUGGCCUUUUCCACAAUCUCACCAUUGCCCUCAUCCUCGUCCCCAUCGCCGCCGGCCUAUCAGGCAUCGCGUUCCUCUUCGGCCUGUGCGGCGCGGGCUACCACCGCGUCGGCACCGUGCUCAUGACGCUCGUCUCCGCGCUCGCGUUCCUCAUCACGCUCAUCGUCUGGAUCAUCGAGAUGGCGCUCUUCGGCAUCGCGCGUGACCACGUCCGCGAACGCGGCGGCGUCGCCACCUACCAGAACGCCAACUGGCUCGUCCUCGGCGCGCUCGUCGCCCUCUUCCUCGCGUUCUUCGCCAGCCUCUGCGGCACCUUCGGCAGCUACCGCUCUCGCCGCGCCGCGUACUAAGUAAGCGCGCACCGGCGGACGCGCGCGAGGUCGAGGCGGAGUGUCUGGACCGCGUGUGGAGAGUUUGAGUGCUAUUCGUGUCUGUUCUGCCCUGCUUGCUGCCUGACGCUUGUUGCCCGGCGUGGACGCUUCCUUCCCCCCUAUUCGCAUCUGUAUCG